AACAUUCUGACACCUCAUACUUACCUUGAUGGAACGGUCCCCUUCAUGUAUCGGGAGCGUUGGCCGUAGGGGUCUCUCAUAGCACGGCGACCAUGUCCUCAGGGGAUGUCUGCGGUUUGUAUAGGCUUCGGCUCAUGCAUCGUCUCAAUAUUUCCCUGUUCUGCUUCGGCCCUCGGGCUGGGCAGGCCUUUUUUUAUGUCACUGCGCCGUCCUAACCCUAACCCUACUCCCAUGAUACUAUCACUUCAUACAAACGCGUUGUACUUAUGUAUCGAUGGCUUCGUUAUACUCGUAGCUUGCUUCCAACAUGAGUGUAUUUAAUAUGAAUGUAUUUGGAUUGCAUGUUCAUCGUCAUCACGUACUCAUCAUGUUUCGCUAUGUCUACAUUGAUACAUAUUUUGCGCUCGUGAAGCACCGUCGCAACAAAAACCUCUAAGGAGUUGUCUGGCGUAGAGGGCGCCGGCAUGAAGAACUGUUAUGGACACAAUCCCGACUGGCUCUCGGGGUGAGGACUUCCUCCCCUUCACCAAGUGGGCCUGUCAUCGCAACGUCCCUAGCAGCAAGCAGGUUAUCUUCU